GUUCUUUGAUGCUUGUGAGAACGUCAAUCAACAUCAAUUUUAGUUUUUUUGCAAAUUUUAUCAUGUCGUAGGGAAAAUGUUUGUUCAUAAAACGUAGAAAAAGGAAGAGCUUACGGAUUAUUAAGAUUUUGUACGUUUUGCUUAUACGUAUUCAAAUGGAUGAAAAUAUGACGAAAAACUUCAUAUACGUUCUUUUCUCACGAUCUCUGCGAAGUUCUCUUUUGCUGCAAGCUGUCAAAAUAAACUGCAUUAUCGUCAUACUGCUUUGUUUCCGUCAAUUUUGGACAUAUGCACAUUUGACAAACAAGUGCGAAUCACACCAAGAUUUAGGGCUGAGGUUGAAAAUCUUCAUUUGUGAUAAAAGUUAGUGUUUUAUUUAGUUACGUUGCUAAAGUAAAAUAACAUAUUAGUAGCAUUUAUAACUUUGGUCCAAUUUGAAUGCAAACGGACGGAAGUUGUGUAGUAACCAACUCGCAACAAAGUCAGCGAGUACCGAGUGGCUACAUUGCAUUGACGAGGAAAAUUUAAAAGCGAUAAACGAAGAAACUAUUUAAACAAAAACCGGAACCACGGUCACAAUAUGCAAACUAUUAAACGUGAGCGUAAACGCUAUCAAAAGGAUACUGCGCCCGCAGAUGAUAUAAUAACACUAAUACAUUUAGUGCGUCAGAAUCCUGCACUAUAUAACUAUAAAUUGGAACCAAAUCAAAGACGUCGGAUUGAUGUUUUAAAUGGGUGGACAGAAAUAGCGGCACAAAUUGGAAACAGAUAUACAGUAGAAGAGUGUAGGCGUAAGUGGAAAAAUUUGAGGGAUACUUACCACCAGUAUCGACUACGUAAACCAAAACCUGGCGAUGGUCUAUCGAAAUGGCGCUAUGCCAAGGAGCUCGAAUUUCUUUCGAGUAUAUAUCAGCCAAAGUUGAAAUCACAGCGUCACCAAAAUUACCUAAUGGAUACACAACGAUCGAGUUUGCAUGAUCUGGGUCGAUCUGGUAAUGCAGCGACAAGAUUAAAAGAAGAACAUAGCGAUAAUGAUAUGGUUCAUCAUUCGAGUACGGCCAUAACUUUGGUGAACGACGAUGAAGCAUUUAUACUUACUGCAUAUGAGGAGAGUGUUACAGACGAUGUUACAACUAUCGAUCAUGGAGGCCACGAUGAUCCAAGUAUAUCGUCACACAUGGAAUUAACACAUGAUGACGAUGAUGUCGAAGAUGUUCAAGAAAUAGUUAAAAACGAGCAUGGCUCUUCAUUAGAUGAUGGGACAGGCACUGAAGUACACUACGAGGAGGUGUGUAUGUAUGAAGAAGCUGGAAAUGGGCCUAGCGUUGAUUGUGAAACUAUUAUUGGUGCAGGCGGCGUAGUUCGUAGUUCAUCGACUGACUCGAAAAAUUUUACCACCGCACAUCAUCACCACCAUACCCACUCUACUGCUGAUUCUUUCACCUAUUCGAUGAAUGAUUUUUGUAUCGAAUCAAUUCCACAUCUACCAAGCGCAAGUGGUGGCGGAGUUGAAAGUGGCAGCGCCAGCGCCAGCAGUAAUAGCAGCGUUAUUGGAAAUCCCAAAUUGAAAAAUCUAACAACAUCGGCAAUUGUUACAACACCCGUAGUGGUGAGCAAUAACUCCAACAAUAAUCAGAAUAUCGCACAACAACAAACAACAACUUCAUCCAUACUACAAUUACAAUCUCCCAAUUCUAUGGCAUACAAUGGGCAAUCUCGUGAAGAGGAGCUGGAUUUGUUUUUUGCGUUUCUUAAACAGAAAAUGCAGCGCUUUUCUAAGGAAGAAAUUACUUUGAUGCAAGUUGAGUUUCUUCAUUGUGUGCAGAAACAUGAAGCCGAACGCAAAUAUAACGGUAGUGGCGCCGGCGAUGCCUCAAUACUACAUCAAUAAGCUAAAAUUGAAUUUAUUAUAGAUUUGAAAUUUGUUUAUAUUUAAAUGUUUUGUGUAUUUAAUGCACUUCAUAAUGCUGCUAUGUCAUAUGAAAGAAAACCUUGUAAACAAUAAAAUUAUUUAUCAAUAUAUACUAUGUACCUUGUACUAUGUUUAUAUGUACAUACAUAUGUUAGGCGUAUUACAACUUAUUUGGCGCAAGGACUUUUAUUAUUUAUAUCUCACAAGAAACUAAUUGUUCCAUAACUUGAUCUAAAACUAAAUACAAUAUCAGUGUUGUUUUAUUAUUG